AUCUGUGGGCGUUCUCCACAGCAGCCACUGGCAACGUGGAGUGAACGGCUCAAGAGAUGGUCGUCGGGAAACCGGACAACAAAGAAACAAACGGGAGACACAGCUACCGAGUCAGAGACCAGUUCUUCCUCUGGUGGUGAAGCUCAGGAGGUGAAGUCUGAGGUGUCACAAUCCACCACAAAACAGGAGACGGCUGAAGAUGACAUUGAGGUCUUGUUACAAGAGAAAGAUGAGAAGAUAAAGCAGCUUCAAGACAAGUACUUGCGUGCCCUGGCAAGAUGGAGAACGUUCGGCAGCGCUCCAGGAAGCAGGUGGAAGAUGCCAAGCUGUACGGGAUUCAGGGGUUUUCCAAAGACAUUCUCGAGGUUGCAGAUGUUCUACAGAAGGCCACCCUCAGUGUCCCUGAGAGUGCACUCAAAGGGACGGACAAUCCCCACCUUGUGUCCCUCUAUGACGGAGUCAAGCUGACUGAGGCUGAACUACAGAAAGUCCUCAAGAAAAACGGAGUUGCCCACAUCAAUCCUCUGGGGCAGAUGUUUGACCCAGUGUACCACGAGGCCAUGUUUGAAGUGGAGGGAGACAAGCCUGGGACUGUGGCUCAUGUGACAAUGCUAGGGUAUACCCUGCACGGACGAACAAUACGACCUGCCAGAGUAGGCGUCGUCAAACAGACAGAUUCCUAGCUCGCGCUGUGGUGUUCAAUCAUUCCACUUGGAAUUGCAUUGUUGUCUUUUCAAAUUGUUGAACGGAGAAUUUCAGAACCCUGAUAGAGGUGUUAGUACAAAUUCACAGUUA